AUGGUUCUUGGCCCAGAAGAGUAUGAAGAAAAGAGAAUGCUUAACAGUGCAAGCACAGUCCUUGCCGCAUGGUGUGCCUUGAUCAAAGAAGCUGACCUUAUGGUUUUAAGGGACAAGAGGCAGGAAGAGCCGACUUCAGACGAUAAAUCGAGGCUUCGAUUUCGCAACUACAAUGCCAAACCACCUUCUUCAUCCAUUAGUGUUUUUGAAAUCUCUAAAUGGGUUUGGUCUAACCUGGCAGCGGAACAUGGCCUCUCAAAGGAAAUCACAUUUGAGAAGCUGGAAGCAACAGCUGAAGAUGCUAUCAUCAUUCUUCGAACUCUAUGGGAGCGUGCAGCCGAGUUAGAAAUCGAUAUGAAAAUGCGGAUUGCGUUUCAUGCCAAUGUUCUCCUCUCAGCGAUGGGUGGCUUCCAGCCUAGUACUCUCGGAAAGGUUCGCUACAGAGAUAUUCUACUCUCUGUGAUGCGAAAUCCAGCAGAUACCAAGAUGCUGAAGCAUGCUUCAACUAUCACAAUCCUGAGGAACAAGCUUAAGAAUUCGCUUCAUAUCAAGAGUAAAUGUCAUCUUAUUGUUGCGUGCGCUAUACAAGAUGAUGCAUUUGAGGCUAGUUACACAAAUGCGGAUGAGUUCUUGAAUAUGCCAGCGCUCGGCAAUGUUGACUAUAUUGAGUUGCCAUGGAAAGAGAAGAAACUGGACGACUUCAUCUUCUAG